AUGGCGUCCCCCAACCACGAGCAAGAAGACAUGGACAAGCGAUCCAGUGCACUCGUUGCACCCUUGAACAUUCACAAGUCACCUAGCAGGUCACGCUCACGUACAGCUAUCCGCGGCCAUAGUCGACAGUCCUCCUCAAGGGGCACUCUUGGAAGCCACUCGCAAAAACACAUGUCGCCUCCAUUGACCCCAAAGUGUUCGACCGAGGCCAUGGCCCCGCAGCAAUCACAGCAACAACAACUACAACAACCCCAAUUUCACAACUAUCUUCGCGCCUUUUAUCACUACAACCCGACCUCGACCGUCUCAUCAUCGUCGACGGACGAGUCUUCCAUCACAGUAGCCAUUAACCAAGGCGAUGUCAUCCUCGUCCAUUCCGUUCAUCCAAAUGGAUGGGCUGAUGGCACAUUGUUGGCCUCGGGCGCCCGUGGAUGGCUCCCGACCAACUACUGCGAGCCCUAUGACCAUCCCAUUAUUCGAAAUCUGCUGACUGCUCUCACAUACAUCUGGGAUCUUGUCCGCGACGGAGAGAAUGGCGAUCUAGCGGCCUUUUCGAGGCAAGACUACGUCCGAGGCAUGAUCGUCGGCGUACGCCUUUUCCUUGAAAGAACCGAGUGUCUACAAAAAGAUUCGCGGCUCGUUCUGGCCCAUGUAGGUUUGCGUCGUAUGCGCAAAGCCCUGUUGGGCGAUCUCUCUACCCUCGUCAAGACGGCAAAGUCCUUUCAGGAGGCUUUACAGUCAAACGAGCUACCCCUCCCAGUAUUUGAGCACAUGGAUGAGCUUGUGUUCAAAUCGUUCAAGCUCGUCACCAGAGCAGUUCGCUUUCUUGACAUCUGGACAACAGAUGCCGUCUCUCUAUCACUGUUUGAGCUAGAAGAUGUGGACAACCGACCACUCACCCCGCCUUCGGACGCUGCAGUGGAACCAAUUACAACAUCGGCCCCAUCGACCGACGAUAGUGCCUCGGCGAAUACUUGCGAUUCUCUAGUCACACAGGCCAGUGGAUCGACCCAGGACGACUGGUACACUGGAUCCGCCCAAUCGUCGCGAAACUUCAACCGCCUGUCCGUCGCCUUUUCCCUACCCUCCGAAGCAGACUCUGUUCAAUCCUCAAUACUACAUUCUCAAUCCGGAUUUCAGUCGAAACGCACCUCUAUGACGCACCGCUUGUCAUACACGUGCAAGUCGUUCAAUGCGCACAGGGGAAACCUCGCUUCUGAGAAGCUCAACACUGCUCAGGACGCUUUUUUGGGCUUCAUCGGCUCUUUUAUCGGUUUGCACCUGCAAUCGCGCUCUUCAGAUGAGCUAGCUCAGACCACAAAACACUCCGUCGUCGCCUGUCGCCAACUCCUCGCAGUUGUUGAGGAAGUUUGGGAACGCGACUCACGAAGGUCUAACCCGCUCGAGGAAGCACGAGACGCCAUGUACGCCCGUCUGACCGAACUUGUGCAAGCUACCAAGGAUAUGUUCAUCCAGGCAGAUGCAGAGGGUGAAGAAGUCGUGGCGCCAGAUGCUGGGAAGCAGAUUGUCAAGGCUGCCACAAGCUGUGUACGGGCCGCUGGUGACUGUGUCACCAAGGCUAAAGUUGUGAUCGAGAGGAUUGGAGACUUUGAGUUUGAAACUGAGGCUGCUGGUUUGGGGCUAGAGAAAUCGAUAUUCCAGGAACCUAGCCCCAGUGAGCAACAAGAACAGCCAACAGUUGAGAGGCCUGCCUCACCUAAGCCUAACGAAACUGUCAUGGAGACCAACAAGCCACUGCCAGCACCGCCAACCGAGGAGCCUGAGAAGCCUCUCCCACCUGUCGUCUCCGAAUCGAAGCCUUUGCCCGAAGUACCGCUCCCUUCGCCCAUUGAAAAACAAAGGAUUAGUCUACAGCCAACUCUUCAGUCAGUCGUCGUUGAAAGCCCGACUGUCGUAUCCUUCAGAUCGUCCCGUGCAUCUCUGCCGCCUCUCGAUGCUGUGCCCACCCCGGUAUUGAAUCCGUCCACACUGUCUGAGUCGGCUGAGAGUCCUGCAAGCGCUACGCAGGAAAGUCUCGCUGGCUCUCUGAUUGCUGAAAGCGUCAUCGCAUCCGUCACCGACAGCGCUAGCACUUAUCACUCCAGUGCACGAGACGGCUCUGUUAGUGUCGAGUCUCUUGUCUCGACUCGUGCCACUACCCCAGAUCACUCGCCUUCGAAGAAGCAAAGCUGUCAAACCUUGGUCAGCAGCGUUGGUAGUUGCUCUGAGCUUCAGCAGUUGGCCAACGAGGAUGCUGCUGCUGGCGAGGAGCACCUGUUGGAGACAACGUACGUCCACGAGCUAGUUUACAACAAGGAUGGCCAGAUCUCAGGCGGUUCGCUCCCAGCCCUGGUAGAGCAGCUGACGACGUACGAGUCCACACCAGACAUUGUCUUUGUCAACGCCUUCUAUCUCACCUUCCGCCUUUUCACCACACCGAUUGAACUUGCACAAUGCCUGAUUGACCGCUUCGACUACAUCGGCAGCAGCCAAACCGUAGGUGUACCGGUCCGUCUUCGAGUUUACAACGUUUUCAAAGGCUGGCUUGAAAGUCACUGGUCAAGCGACACUGAUUGUGCCGCCCUGGGCGUGAUCUUGGCAUUUGCGACUGGAAAACUCCGAGCUGCUAUGCCUGGUGCCGGCAAACGACUAGCGGAAUUGACAUCCAAGGUCACCGAAGUGAGGGCUGGAGCCCUUGUACCUCGCUUGGUGUCGUCGAUUGGCAAGACUGGUGCCUCAAAUGCUACAUUCACACCCGCCGACAGCAACGUUCCAACGCCACUCGUCAGCAAGAGCCAACUCAAUGCUCUCCGGGCUAGCAAAGAAGGAAAGGCGCAAUGCAGCAUCAUGGACUUUGAUCCUUUGGAGCUUGCCAGACAGUUUACCAUUAUUGAAUCGAAGCUCUUUUGCGCUAUUCAACCAGAAGAGCUUCUUGCUCUCGAGUGGACCAAGAAGAAGGAUUCCAAGGCACACAACGUCAAGGCCAUGUCAACUCUUUCGACCGACCUGGCAAACCUGGUUGCUGAUACCAUUUUGCAACUUGAAGAUGCCAAGAAGCGAGCAGUCAUAAUCAAGCAGUGGGUUAAGAUCGCAGCCAAGUGCUUGGAGCUGCACAACUAUGACUCGCUGAUGGCCAUCAUUUGCUCCCUUAACUCUUCCAUGAUCAUGCGUCUCAAGCGGACGUGGGACCUCGUGUCCACAAAGACCAAGGCUCGCUUGGACGAGUUGAAAGCAAUCACCGAUGUUGGACGUAACUACGCCGUACUGCGACAGCGUCUUCAAGACCACAUUGCACCGUGCAUUCCUUUCGUCGGAAUUUACCUCACAGAUCUCACAUUCAUCGAUGUUGGUAACGGUACUACGCGACAGCUCCCUGGCGACCCUGGGUCUGAUAGCGUCUCUGUUAUCAAUUUCGACAAGCACAUGAAGACUGCGAAGAUUAUCUGCCAACUGCAGUCGUUCCAAGUCCCCUAUCGGUUAGCCGCCGUCCCAGAAAUGCAAGACUGGAUGGAUAGCCAGAUACAAAGGAUGCGUGUGAGCGACCAAGCUAAUGUUCAAAACUACUACCGUCGUUCAUUGCUUCUCGAACCGCGCGACACACAGCAUUCCACAAGGGGUUCGCCAUCCAUCGACAACAGUGCUCAGAGCAUCUUGUCAGCUGAAAGCCGAACCACCUCGAAGGACAAAUUCGAGUUUCUCAACUUCAACUUCUCGACAUCGAACCUCAAGGGUUCCUAG